GAACCAUGGCAGCCUCCGCGCUGCCUGCUCACGUCACGCGCUUCGAGUCCGUGCCACGGCUUGCAAGCUGGAAUGCCGCCACGCGUGUGGAAAACAUAUCGAGAGUGUCCACGUGGCAGGAUGACCUGGACCGCCUGCCGCCCCUUAACUCCACCAAUCGCCGUCGACUCGCUGCGUGCGACUACACGGUGGGGCGGUGGGUGUACGACGCGCGGCGCCGGUCGUACAGCAGCAAGUGCGCGUGGAUCCGCUCGGCCUUCAACUGCGAGCGGAACGGCCGGCGCGACACGGGGUACACCAAGUACGCGUGGAAGCCCAGCGCGUGCACCAUCCGACGCUUCGACCGCGCCUACUUCAAAGCCCUGCUCCGCAACAAGGUGGUGGCGUUCGUGGGCGACUCGUUUUCGCGCAACGUGCAGCAGGCCAUCGCGUGCGAGCUGGGCGUGGACGACCACGUGGAGCCGUGGUCGGGGUGGCUGGGCGGCACGCUUGUGUCGGGGCUGGCCGUGCCGCGCUACAACCUGAAGCUGGUGGCCGUGGUGGCGCCGUACCUGGUGCGCUACAGCAACCAGGACUGGGCGUUCAGGCAGUACGGGCUGCGGCCGGGCGACGGCAGCCGCUACGUGGUGUGGCUGGACGACAUGGACGAGCAGUGGGCGGCCGUGCUGCAGCACGUGGACCUCGCUGUCUUCAUGUCGGGCCACUGGUUCCUGGACAAGCAGGGCGCCGAGGCCGUGCGCUCCACCGUGUAUGUGGCCAACAACCGGGUGGUGCGGUUGAGCGGCAUGAGCGCGUACCGCGCCGCCAUCCGCAGUGUGAAGCGGUUCGUGACCGUGGAGCAGAGGUACCGUGGCGUGCCCAUGUGGCUCACCUACUCCCCCUCCCACUACUCGAGAGACGUCUGGGCCGACAUAUUCCAGUCAGUUCUCAAAACGCAAUUGAGACGACACAAGAAGUAA